AUGCCUACCAUCUUCUGGAAGAACAUUCUCAAAUGCUUACCCACCAUAACACCAUCCUCACCCUCAGAGUUGAAGGAGUGUAGUACUGAUCCAUUACCAUCAUCCACUACCCUCACCACCCCCACCACAUCAAUAACGGUCAAGAACUUCAGCUCCCUUUACGACCUCUCCUCAGCAUCCACCUCCAAAUCCCUCACCAACUCCUUCUCCUCCUCUUACUCUGAUUCUGACACCGAUUCACCCCCUGAUUUUGCCACCAUUUUUGCCUCCCAACGUUUGUUCUUCUCCUCCCCCGGCCGUUCCAACUCCAUCAUCGAGUCGUUGCCAGAGCCUCACGCACCAGUUAGCGGAGGUGUUGCAAUUAAAAAGUACUCACCAGAUCCUUAUACUGAUUUUAAACACUCAAUGCAAGAGAUGAUUGAAGCAAGAGAGCUGAGGGACGUUAGGGCUAAUUGGGACUACUUGCAUGAGUUGCUCUCCUGCUAUCUUAAAUUAAACCCUCAACACACCCACAAGUUUAUCGUUAGCGCUUUUGCCGAUAUAGUUGUUUGCUUAUUGUCUUCGCCCUCGCCGGAAUCCGACAUCCACCGGAAACCUGAAGGCCUUCGGCAACAUAACGUUUCACGUUUGUUGGUAUGA